AUGGAUUUGGUGUGGGAUGCUUUCGAAAAAAUCCCAUUUUUGGAUGACACUUCGUCUUCUAGUGAAGCUCGGUCAGAAUCGUCUACCGAUUUGAGUAGUUCCAAUUUAUCACAGGAUUGCGAACGCAUUAAGCAGUACGCUGAAAAUUCUCUUCUGAAGAGUGACAUAAAGUUCAAGAAGCAUUACCGAAUGUCAAAGCAGAAGGCUCGGUUUUUAAUGGCUAAAUAUAAAAAAGAUUGGAAUACCACUAGACGGCCUCCAGUACCAAUACAGACAGCUGUAUUGACUACCAUUUGGUGGCUUGCUAACAAAUCAACGUACAGAUCUUCUGGUGAUCGAUUUGAUAUGAGCCGUGGCUUGACUCAUAGCGUUGUUCUACGGUUCUGCAAAAUUUUGUAUGGGAAUAGAUCCAAGUUUAUUAGAUGGCCACGAGAAGAUGAACUGCGGGGAGUAGCGGAUAAUUUUAAAAAGUUUCCAAAUGUUAUUGGUGCGAUUGAUGGGACACAUGUCGAGAUACCAAAGCCCCGAAACGACGACAGUUACAACAACAGAAAGCUAACGCAAUCGAUUCAAGUUCAGUUGGUCUGUAAUGCGAAAAAACAAUUUUUAGAUGUGUUCUGCGGGUACCCGGGCAGCGUUCACGAUGCUCGUGUGUGGAGGGAGUCGCCGUUAUAUGCCUAUCUUAAUUCUGCACAAUGUACCGUUCCUAAUGAUAUGCAUUUGGUUGGAGAUUCAGCUUAUCCACUUGAUACAUUCCUCCUACGGCCUUAUAAAGACAAUGGAAAUCUUAGCCCAGAAAAAAUUAACUUCAACAAAGUUCACUCUUCAACUAGAAUGGUAAUUGAGAAUGCAAUCGGUUUGUUAAAAGGUGGGAUUUUCAACUGUCUUGCACCGGAGUACCAGUUACGUGUACAAGUUUUGCACUUUCUGAUCAGAAGUGCAAAAACAUCUACCAAUCAUUAA